AUGUCUUUGGCCUUCUCGUACCAAGACUGCAUCACCGAGUCAAAUAACCUCAUACUGCAUAUCCAGGUUGACGAGUACCUCUCGUCUGCAUCCGUGAGUGACGACGAGCCGGAACUGGCGCUGCAUUGGGACCAGCAAGCGCUUUCUCAGUUUGUGGAUGCAGCUAACAGCGUGGACGCUGGCGUGGCCAUGCCCGAUUGGCUCUCGCAGCCCCGGGGCAGCAUCACACCCGACUCUAUUGUCGAGGACAUCAUGAAACUCUUAGCUACAAAGGCGGGCGGGCGGUUUGGUCGUGUGUUGUUGACCACCAACAGUCUCGUACAGUUCGGCCAACUCUGCGGCAUGUUCGCGUACAUCGAGAACGACGCGUUUAUGCUGGCAGCUGCAGACACUGCAGGUAUUAGCGACGGGACCACGCUGGCCAAGGUCUUUUGUGUGACAGAGGGCAGCGUGUCCGCCGCCGUUCCCAUGGAGUUCCCUCCUCUCGAGAACCAGAGCCGACGCCUGUUCUCUUGA